AUGGAGUUUGUGCCUGAUGCCCUUUGCAUGUACCCAGAGAAGCAGGAAGAAAAUACACCAGUGGUAAAGAUUCAGGCUUGGUGGAGGGGGGUCCUGGUCUGCCGGACGCUACUACACGCGGCACUCAGGGCCUGGAUUAUCCAGAGCUGGUGGCGGAUGGUGCUGUUGAAACUCACGGAGAAGAGGCGACAGGUGAUCCUGAGGACAAUCUCUCGGGAGGAGUGGGCAGCGGUCAAGCUACAGUCGUGGGUCCGCAUGUGGAGUGUCUGCCAGCGCUAUUGUCGGUUGCUCCGGGCUGUACGCAUCAUCCAGGCCUAUUGUCAUGCCUACGCAUCUUGGGGUGUCAUCAAAGGUCACUAUCGGAUCUUGGACAAUCAUCUGCAGCUCAAGUUGGAGAUCUUGCUGGGUUCGGGGUCUUGCAUGGUGUCUGAGUGUAUUCCCCUCCCCAUAAAGCAGUGA